AUGGAUUCCGCAGAUUUGCAUAGCAAAAAGCGCAAGAGAAAGCACGGUAGCUCUAAAUCUGACCAGCCAGAAGCUACUAUCUCCACCGACGAUGUUGCAAUCCCAGCGGUGAAAGCUUCGAAAUCCAAGCACGACAAGUCGCACAAGAAGGCCAAGAAGGCCCAGGAAUCUGAUGAGGAGGAAGAAGAAGGAGCGACGACCUUGAAAACUUCAAAGGCGCAUAAGAAAGCCAAGAAGGUUCCUAAAUUAGAGGAAGAAGAGGACAUUUCCAAUGAAGAGAUACCCAGCGACAAUGAGAAUGGAAUGGAGGAAAAUGAAGAAAAUAUGGCCGAGGUAGAGGACGAGGCAGAUGAAGCCAAUGGGGAGGCAGAUUUAGACGAAGAAGCUAUCCCAGGGGCCGGAGCAUUGUCACUCCCUACCACUGCUGGUGAACAACCGAAGAAAUUCUCCGAUUUGAACCUUUCCGACAAGACCAUGAAAGCUAUUGCGGACAUGAAGUUCGAAACAAUGACAGAGAUCCAACAGCGAGGCAUACCACCAUUGCUAGCAGGAAGAGAUGUUUUGGGAGCGGCAAAGACUGGAUCGGGAAAGACGUUGGCAUUCUUGAUCCCCGCGAUUGAGAUGCUCAGCGCACUGCGAUUCAAGCCUCGAAAUGGAACCGGUGUUAUUGUUGUAUCCCCCACAAGAGAACUCGCUCUACAAAUCUUCGGUGUUGCAAGAGAGCUGAUGACAUACCAUUCUCAAACUUACGGCAUACUCAUGGGAGGUGCUAAUCGAAGAGCUGAGGCGGAGAAACUUGGAAAGGGUGUUAAUCUUAUCAUCGCUACACCAGGUCGACUACUAGACCACUUGCAAAAUACCCAAGGAUUUGUUUUCAAGAAUCUGAAAGCGUUGGUUAUCGACGAGGCGGAUCGGAUAUUGGAAAUCGGAUUCGAGGAUGAAAUGAGACAAAUUGUGAAGAUCCUACCAAAAGAUGAGAGACAAUCCAUGUUGUUCUCCGCAACCCAAACCACGAAAGUUGAGGAUCUGGCGCGGAUAUCGCUGCGUCCUGGUCCGCUAUACGUCAACGUCGAUCACCAAAAGGAACACAGUACCGUCGAAGGUCUAGAACAAGGUUACGUGGUCUGUGAUUCAGACAAGCGAUUUCUCCUCCUCUUCUCCUUCCUAAAGCGCAACCUGAAGAAGAAAAUCAUCGUCUUCUUCUCCAGUUGCAACUGCGUCAAAUACCACGCCGAGCUGCUAAACUACAUCGACCUCCCAGUUCUCGAUCUCCACGGCAAGCAAAAGCAAGACAAACGCAGCAGGACUUUCUUCGAGUUCUGUAACGCGAAGCAAGGCGUCCUGGUCUGUACUGAUGUUGCAGCAAGAGGUUUAGAUAUUCCAGACGUAGAUUGGAUUGUGCAAUUUGAUCCGCCAGAUGAUCCUCGCGACUACAUCCACCGCGUUGGUCGUACCGCCCGCGGCGCCAACGGCAAGGGGCGUUCCCUCAUGUUCCUCCAACCCUCCGAAGUAGGCUUCCUGUCGUACCUCAAAGAAGCCAAAGUCCCCAUUGUCGAGUUCGACUUCCCCGCCAAGAAGAUCGUAAACGUGCAGUCACAACUGGAGAAGCUCAUCUCGCAAAACCACUAUUUGAACCAGAGCGCAAAGAAUGGAUACAAGAGCUAUAUCCAAGCAUAUGCUAGUCAUAGCUUGAGAACGAUUUUCGAUGUCAAUAAGUUGGACCUGGUGAAGCUGGCCCGCAGCUUUGGCUUUUCGGCGCCGCCGAGGGUGGAUUUGGUGCUGGGGGCUGGGUUGGGGAGGGAUAAGAAGACGCCGGGGAGGAGGGCGUAUGGGAGUCAACCAAAGCAGGGGGGGAGCUUUAAGAAGAGGGGUACUUAUUAA